GAAUGUAUUUAUGUUGGAUGUUCGAAUCGGGCCACGCCAACGCCAGCCUAGAACCGCCUGCGCCUGCUUUGGGAAUUGGGGGAGAACAAACGAAAAGAGAUCCAACAGUUUCCCUUUGUUCUUGACGACACCACCACUACAAACUCGGCGGGGGGGGGGACUUUUAUUGUUGGUUCCUUGUUUGUUGCCCUGGGCCUCCUUGGGGCGGCGAGAGAGUUUAGAAUAUAAUAUAGUAUUCGUUAUAUACUCUCUCUUUCUCGAUUUCACGAUUUCUAGUGAGACUCACCUAUCUGAUGAAACGACCCUUACACCGCCCAGCCCAGACACUACACCCACCAGGCUCCACAGAAAAAUGCGGAAACGAUCAGAUAAAGAUAAGAGCGCCCACGCCGGCCCGGGAACCGUGCAGCAGAUCGCAUCCACCAACUGGACUGUGAACCUCUUCCUCGGCGGUGGUCAGGUUAGGUCUUGGAUGAACAGCACAGCAGAAGCUGGAGCGCCUUCGAGUACGAGUACGACGAUUUCACGGCCCAAGAAGCGAACGUCGGUCCUGGCUGCGACGACGACGGCGGGUGGCGAUAAGAGACCGAAGACGGCGAGUACUGUACUUCCCUCGCCAGCGCCUAGCGAUGAACCUAGCCCUACCAGGGAAACGGACUCGAGUCGCGUCAUGCAAGAGGAUACGGUUGGGAUGGCUGAGCAACAACGGCUACCGGUGACGAUGCAGGAGGCUGAUACGCAGGAAGUGAGGAGGCCGACGACACGGCUGUCGAUUGCGAUGAGUCAACUGGGGACUGGUGGGAAUGCUGAGGGACAGGCUGUGCGUAGGCCGGGGACGUUGGAGUCGCCGAUUAUGAUUCAGCGGGGGGGGGAUAUAGAUGGGGCGGGGCAGGAUAUGCGGAGGCUGGAAAUGAAGAUGCCGUCGAUGUUGGUGCAGCAGGGGCAGGUGCAGCAGUCGCCUCCGUUGAUGCAACAAAGUAAUACAGUCAACGAACCGCAGGUUGUGCGGAGCCCGUCGACUCAGCAGCCGCAGAUGGUCCAACAAAGGAAUACAGGCAACGAACCGCAGGCCGUGCGGAGCCCCUCGACUCAGCAGCCGCAGAUGGUCCAACAAAGGAAUACAAACAACGAGUCACAAACACUGCAGAAUGCCUGGACCAGGCAACCGGUGUCGAGUGGCUAUACGCCGCAGGCGCCCGCUCCUCCUCCGGCGAAGAGGCGCAAGAUGACAUCCGCGAACCACCCGAGCCUGAAAAACAUGCUGCCACUUCUCGAGCAUCACGUCAAUGCGCAUGGAGGGAUGCAGAAUCUCUCGAGGAAUAUCGAGCGGCAGAGGUUUCAGAUGCUUCAGAAGGCGUGUGAGAGCGAUGACUACUUUUAUUUUGCGCUCCAUCAGAUCUUCUGCCUUUACACUCUUGAUCCUGAGUUGGUGGCUACGCUUAUAAUGCCGCAAGGGGGAACUGUUCUCGAGGUGGCGUUUGGAAUUAUCGGUCAACUUAUGAUGCCUAAUUCCGCCAUCUCGCCGGUCCACACGAAGUUCUUCUCGGUUUUUCCAAAUCAGCUGCCGGAGCUUAUACACAGAUCGGACCAAUACAAGCUAACAGUGAACAAUGUGGCGACAUUCCUAGCCAGGCUAUCGCUGGAAUGGCCAAAAUAUAUUCCCGAAUGCAUUAAUAGAGGAUACCCACCUCUGGUGGACGAGCUCGUGGACCGAUUUGGGCUUCUUUCUCCAAUCCUUCAGCAUAUUAUUUUCACCGCCACUCGACGGAAUAUGGGGAUCCCCGACGAUGAAUACAGUGCCCAGAUGGAGAAGCUAUUCAGCCACGACCAAGAACUCCAUCGUCAGAUGGCAGCGAGGGUCAACACCGCAUAUCCGCCAACGGAAAGGGAGAUCAACGAACGCAACCAAUGGCAAUCCAAUCAGUAUAAAACUGUUCGAGCUGCGCAGCUCCAACGGAUAGAACAGAUUCGUCAAGGGGAACCUUCGCACAUGAGUCCGAAUGCGACACGUCCCUUGCAACGACCAAAUAUGUUGGGACGCGUACAGUCUCCAAGCAACAUCCCACCCGCGACGCAAGCCGGGCAUCCUUCUCCUAUUCGAACUACUAUCAUGCUAUCGGAGGUACUAACUGCCUCGCCGCGGUCUACCACAGUGCCGUCUCCUCACCAAUACCCCUGGCCAUCCCAGGCAGCUCAGGCAUGCCCUAUGUUACCAAGCCAGCAAAUUCUGCCUAGUCAAGCGCAGAAUAUCCAGCAGCCGUAUCAGCCGAGUCAACCGCAGAACAUGCAGCAUAGACAAGCUCAGGUGAAUGAUAUUGUGCGGACUGCCUCGAGGAAUGCGUCUCGGAAUGCUUCAUUAGUACAAUUUCCUGGGGCAGCGGGUAGUGCGGCUCCUUCACCUGUGCUGACGAACCAGCCUCGCCGUGUCUCGUCGUCCACGUACAGUAUGACCGUUCCUACUAUUGCUUCUAUGCCUGCUGGAUACAGUUCGCCGCAAGCACAGCCGCAACCACAGCAGAAGACCGGUAGGGUGCCGCUUAUACCGCCCGUAGGCUACACUCCGCCGUAUCAGUUCCCACAACCUGAUCGCAGCGCCCUUCAUCAAGCCCAUCUCCGCAGUCCAGUCCUAAAACCCAUCGAUGCUGAUGAAGGGCUGGUAGCAAACGAGACAGCUCCGAGGUAUUACCAAGCCGUCCAAUGCUUUGCUGUCAAGCCAACUACACUCCUGGAUUCUCCCUUGCUCACCGAGCUAUCAUUCGCCGUUCCUAAACGCGUAUACCCCAACAUAGCCGAGGACAAAAGUUCCGACCUGUCGGCGCCUAUGCUUCGAGAAGUGCGGCAGGGUAGUCUCCAGUACCGAGUCCGCUGCAGCAGGAUGAAUAAAGAUGCUCCCAUGGAGCCUUCGGAUUUUGUUGUCGCGGAUACGAGUUGGCCGCCUACUAUAUUCAUGGAGAUGAACGACUCUGUCAUUGAAAUCCGGCGUAAGAGCCACUAUGGCAAAGACCGCCCCGUGGACAUCACACCGCACGUUCUCGAGCGUGGUCCGGCGAAGAAAAACACACUAAGGGUUUGCGUACCCAGGCCGCCGAAGACGGGAAACGAUAUAUUCUACUCCAUCGCCAUCGAAGUAAUCGAAGUCUUCCGCCACCAGCAAAUCAUCGACAUGUGUCUCCAAGAACAGCGCAUAACCGCCCAAGAAAUGAUCGAAGACAUCCGCGCCAAACUCUCCAACGCCAACAUCGACGAAGACGACGACGUCGCCCUCGUCUCCGCAAACCUAACCAUCGACCUCGCGGACCCCUUCACCUCACGCAUCUUCACCACCCCCGUCCGCGGCGUCCGCUGUCGCCACAGGGAGUGCUUCGAUCUCGAAACCUUCCUCAUCUCGCGCAGCACCAAGCCCCACGAAGUCGCCUGCCUGCCUGAUGUGUGGAAGUGCCCGCUGUGCGGCGGGGAUGCAAGUCCGCGCGCACUCCGCGUCGACGAGUUUCUGGUCUCGGUUAGGGAGAGGUUGGAGAGGGAGGGGGGGCUGGAUGCUAAGGCGAUCUUGGUUACGGAGGAUGGGGCGUGGACUGUGAAACCGGAGGCGUUGCCGGCGGGGAGGAGGAAGUCGAGGGGGCCCCAGGGGGGGAGUGUGCCGCGUGAUGAGAGUGAGCAUAGCUCCCCAGCAGCGCAAUCCAGACAAGGAAGCCGGGCGGUGGAAGUAAUCGAGGUGGAUGAUGAUUGAGACGAAAUGUGCGUUCAAAUCAGAUUGAUUGGGAGAGGAGUUUGUUAUUGAGGUUUUUUUGUAUGCUCUCCAGGCGUACGUACGGGAUUUUUAUACCAGGAUUUGGGCAUUUUGCUAGCGCGCGUGGGUUUGGGAGACUUGGGAGGGUUAUACGUGAGCGAUUUGAGUCAUUUAUGACGGCUGUAUAUCAAAGUGGGAAAAGGGACCUCCGUUUGGCUGAUUAGGGCGUCUGGAAAAGUAGAGGGGAGUUGUGAGGAGGUAUAAUGAAAUGUGGUUUGCUGGGUUGUUUUAGCAUGGGCCGAGGAUUUGAGGGUUUAUUAGGAUGGAAGGGUGGCGGUGUGUUAAUAGGCUAUGGAGGCUGGGUUGAUUAUGAUAGCUCCUCUACCUUGUUUGUAGGCUAUUUGAAAGCAACUGUCUGCUCAUUG